AUGGGAUUCUAUAAAAAAACAUUAGAAGAACAGAAAUACUCAAUAAUUCCCAGCCAAUUACUGAAACCAGAUGAGAUCUUUAUUCUAGUUGAAACUCUCUAUGAACUACCUAUUACUGGAAAACAGAUUAGACAACAAGUUGAUGGAAUAAGAAUCGGUCAGGCAAGGACGGGUGCUCAGCGUGAAACUUUUGUUGAGCUACCAGCAAAAGCUGCUUCAUCAAAAGUAAUGCUCGAAUUAAAAGAAAUCGUUUCUACACAAUCAUAA